AUGAAGGACCUCAACAUAUAUAGUCAUGCGAAAUCCGGCUACUGGAAAACACUGUGUGGCCUCGCCAUCGCAUCGUCUGUCUCGAAUCUUUAUGUGCUUGUCGUCACUGUCUAUGCAAUAACAUGCGAGCAGAAGAUAGGCCUUUUAUUUGCGACAUUCAUAUACCCGAAGAAAUACAUGGCCCACCAGAUCAUAUUUGUGGUAGCCACGUUGCUCGGAUUGAUCCCGGUUAUCGUUUUCAGCACGGGACUUUCCAGACUAGGCCUGGUGCUGAGUGGGCCUGAUGCCACCGAUGUUUCUGUCUCUGCCGCUAUACUCAUGGCCCUGGCGACGGGAUGCAGCGCAACUCUUCCUUGGGUUUCUCUUCAAGGCUGGUUGUAUGCAUUCACGGAAUGGCGUGACCAGUCACGAACCAGAGCAACGACCAUGAAUAGGAAUAUUGCCUUGGAUUUCCCUCGCGUAUUGACGACGAUUGAGCGAAGGCGAGACAGGGGAAUGGAGCGGACAAACAAGUGGGCACGGGUGCCUGCCGUUUUACUCUCUCUCCCACGUCAGGACUGCAGCGCAGUCAAUAUUCUCUCCAAACAAUUUUUAGAAAUGAUAUAUUCGAAAGCAAAUAUUGACCUUUCGAAGAACGUGCAAAGCAGUUCCGACACGCUUGCAUGGCGGAAUGUGGAGGACAGAGCUCGUCUAGAGCUGAAGCGACCUGGAACCUUGCGACGCGAUCGUGCCUCUGCAAUCGGCUUCAACCGUUCUCCAUAUCACGACCAAGAGCCAGGACUACAGGAAUCCGACCUCCCAACUUCAUUAUUGUCACGUCUGUACAAUGGGAUCCGCCACGGCUCGAAGAUCAAAGUCGAAGAGGUCCAGCUACUCUACGGAAGGAUACGAUUCCGAGAGAUCGGAAGAGCCGACUCGUAUUUCGAACUUGCAUACAACAUCAAACCUGCAUGCUUUGGCUUCAGCGGGCAUGGAUGCAUGGAUUUGGUUACCGAACGAAGAGAUGGAGAAAGUCCCGAUGAUGUUGGCCCUGCGGUCCGCGCUCGCUUCCAGGGUACGAAUCGAGCGGGAGGUCGGUUCGCCUUCGGCCUUGCUCUUGGCGGACCGCGACAGCCUCUCUCAUUCGUAGCUGAAACUCGGGUGAGACAGUGCAUAUGGCGGCGCAAGAAACCGAGCAUGGGAUGGUAG